AGCUCGGAGGCGGCGGCGCCAGGACGGCUUGUGGCGGCCAUUUUGUGUCUGCCGCGCUCGCUUCCCUCAGAGCUGCUGUGGGCAUCGCGCGUCGGCAGGGAACAGCUCGGUCGUCUCCCUGCUGUGUAAGUCGGGGGCGCCGCCGCCAUGGGACGUAAGAAGAAGAAGCAGCUGAAGCCUUGGUGCUGGUAUUGUAACAGGGAUUUUGAUGAUGAAAAAAUCCUUAUACAGCAUCAAAAAGCAAAGCACUUUAAAUGCCAUAUAUGUCAUAAAAAACUGUAUACAGGACCUGGUUUAGCUAUACAUUGCAUGCAGGUACAUAAAGAGACAAUAGAUGCUGUUCCAAAUGCUAUUCCUGGAAGAACAGACAUUGAACUGGAAAUCUAUGGCAUGGAGGGCAUUCCAGAAAAAGACAUGGAGGAACGGAGGAGGUUACUUGAACAAAAAACUCAGGCAGAAAGCCAGAAAAAGAAGCAACAGGAUGAUUCUGAUGAGUAUGAAGAUGAUGAAUCUGCAGCUUCAACUUCAUUUCAGCCCCAACAAGUUCAGCCUCAGCAGGGGUACAUUCCCCCAAUGGCACAGCCAGGUUUGCCUCCUGUGCCAGGCGCACCAGGGAUGCCUCCAGGUAUACCACCAUUAAUGGCAGGUGUUCCACCCAUGAUGCCUGGAAUGCCUCCUGUUAUGCCUGGAAUGCCACCUGGAUUACAUCAACAGAGAAAAUACAUGCAGUCAUUUUGUGGUGGAAACAUGAUGAUGCCAAUGGGUGGAAUGAUGCCUCCUGGGCCAGGAAUCCCACCUCUUAUGCCUGGUAUGCCACCAGGUAGGUCAGGGUUGUCGAACUCGUACUAUGGUAUGCCACCACCAGUUGGGCCUCGUCCUGGGAUGCCUCCAAUGACACAAGCACAGCCUGUUACAGCACCAGGCAUCCUUAACAGACCUCCAGCUCCGGCUGCCGCAGCACCUACCCCCCAGCCUCCGGUUACUAAGCCACUCUUCCCAAGUGCGGGGCAGGCUGCAGCAGCUGUUCCAGGGCCAGUGGGUACUGAUUUCAAACCUUUGAAUUCUACACCUGCAACAACAACAGAACCCCCAAAACCUACAUUCCCUGCUUACACGCAGUCGACAGCCUCAACCACUAGCACGACAAACAGUACUGCGGCUAAGCCGGCUACGUCUAUAACAAGUAAGCCUGCUACCCUCACAACAACCAGUGCAACCAGUAAGUUGAUCCAUCCAGAUGAGGAUAUAUCACUGGAAGAGAGAAGGGCACAGUUGCCUAAAUAUCAGCGUAAUCUUCCUCGCCCCGGACAAGCUUCCUUGGGUAAUCCACCAGUUGGACCAAUUGGAGGUAUGAUGCCACCACAGCCCGGAAUUCCUCCACAACAGCAAGGAAUGAGACCUCCCAUGCCACCUCAUGGUCAGUAUGGUGCUCAUCACCAGGGCAUGCCAGGAUAUCUUCCUGGAGCGAUGCCUCCGUACGGUCAGGGACCUCCGAUGGUGCCCCCUUACCAGAGUGGACCUCCUCGACCUCCAAUGGGAAUGAGACCUCCUGUAAUGUCUCAAGGUGGCCGCUACUGAUGCUACUGCACACACUCUAAUAGGUUUGGAGAUUAAACCUUUUCUCAUCUUGUGCUGUUAAUAUAGCCGAGCUUCCGUCAAUUAAGGCUUCAUUGUGACUUUAAAAAAAAUAAGUAUCUUCCCACAUGCAAGGAGCUAUUGGACAUUCUUAUUUUACAUGGGAAAAAUUAUUUGGAAUAAUAACAGGAACUUUUCCUGAUGUUGCAAUUUAUACUGUAUGGCUUCUUUUUCAUGUUUCAUCUAGGUUUUUAGAAGUGAAGUAUAGUAAAUAUGGUUCGUUAAAUUGUGAAGGCGAUGGAAUUACAUGAACAUACCACCUUAAAGGCAAGUUCUGUAACAUUAUGUUGCUAUUUGUGAAAUGAUGCCUUCACAGCACUUCAAGUGCUGUUGGACUUCACGUCCCCAACAUAGUUUGGUGAGGGCUGUAACUGUUCCCAACUACUUGUACAUUUAAGUCUGAACUUGUAACAAUAUUUAAUGUAUUUAGAGUUCCUCCUGUUUCAGGGUUUAAGUAAACUGACCCACUAAGGUCGUGUGACUUUUCUGUACCGUUAUAAACUUCAUUGUAAUAAAAGAGGAGAAAAAUUUA